CCGGCUGGGCUGUCCGCGCCUUUGUCCCGCCGGCGGCCGAGCUCCCGCGGCGCAGCCACAGCUAGUUGCUUUGUUUCUCAUCUCUGAAAUGACUGUCUUCAUAAUUUCAUAACUGUCCCCUUGAUACCUUUACCCAGUGUCACAUUUGAAGAUGGCCACUGAGGAUGAAGAACCAACCGAAAAGUCUGAAAAUGUGGGAAAUGCAGAAUGUAAGUGGACAAAAAUGGAAAGUCUUCACGAGGAUCCUGUGCAGGAAUCUAAGGUUGGUGAAACGUGUGAUUGGGAUAGCAAAGUAGAGAGUCAAUGGCAAAAGCCGGCAGGAAAAAGGAUGAAGGAAGACGACAGUGGCAUCAGGGAGAUAGUUGGCAAAGCCAAGAACAUGGCAAACUUAAAGACGGAACAGGGGGAUGAGACAGCUGAAAAUAGCUCACGACUGAGCCCAAAACACAUCCCACACCAGACUGUCCCUGCAGAGCAGAGAAGCAGUGAACAAGGCAAGUGCGUGGAGAACAUUAAUGGAAGCUCUCACCCCAGUCUACAGCAGAAAACCAGUGCUGUUAAGAAAUCACAUAAAUGUGAUGAGUGUGGGAAAUCCUUCAAAUAUAAUUCCCGUCUAGUUCAGCAUAAAAUUAUGCACACAGGGGAAAAACGCUACGAGUGUAGUGACUGUGGAGGGACUUUCCGGAGCAGUUCGAGCCUUCGGGUCCACAAGCGGAUCCAUACUGGAGAGAAGCCGUACAAGUGUGAGGAAUGUGGAAAAGCCUACAUGUCCUACUCCAGCCUUAUAAACCACAAAAGUACCCAUUCUGGGGAGAAGAACUGUAAGUGUGAUGAGUGUGGAAAAUCCUUCAAUUAUAGCUCUGUCCUGGACCAGCACAAAAGGAUCCACACUGGAGAGAAGCCCUACGAAUGUGGCGAGUGUGGGAAGGCCUUUAGGAACAGCUCUGGGCUCAGAGUCCACAGAAGGAUCCACACAGGGGAGAAACCCUACGAAUGCGACAUCUGUGGGAAAACCUUCAGUAACAGCUCUGGCCUCAGGGUCCACAAAAGGAUCCACACUGGUGAGAAGCCCUAUGAAUGUGAUGAGUGUGGGAAGGCCUUCAUUACUUGCAGAACACUUCUCAACCAUAAAAGCAUCCACUUUGGAGAUAAACCCUAUAAAUGUGAUGAGUGUGAGAAAUCUUUUAAUUAUAGCUCUCUUCUCAUUCAGCAUAAAGUCAUCCACACUGGAGAGAAACCUUAUGAAUGCGAUGAAUGUGGGAAGGCUUUCAGGAACAGCUCAGGCCUCAUAGUACAUAAAAGGAUCCACACAGGAGAGAAACCUUACAAGUGCGAUGUCUGUGGCAAAGCAUUCAGCUAUAGCUCAGGCCUUGCAGUCCAUAAAAGUAUUCACCCUGGGAAGAAGGCCCAUGAAUGUAAAGAGUGUGGAAAGUCUUUUAGUUAUAACUCGCUCCUUCUUCAACAUAAAACUAUUCACACUGGAGAGAGACCUUAUGUAUGUGACGUAUGUGGGAAAACUUUCAGAAACAAUGCAGGCCUCAAAGUCCACAGGAGGCUCCAUACUGGGGAAAAACCAUAUAAGUGUGAUCUGUGUGGGAAAGCCUAUAUCUCACGCUCUAGCCUUAAAAAUCACAAAGGAAUCCAUCUUGGGGAGAAGCCCUAUAAAUGUAGCUAUUGUGAAAAAUCCUUCAACUAUAGCUCUGCUCUUGAACAGCAUAAAAGAAUUCAUACAAGGGAGAAACCCUUUGGCUGUGAUGAGUGUGGAAAAGCUUUCAGAAAUAAUUCUGGCCUUAAAGUACAUAAACGAAUCCACACUGGGGAGAGACCUUACAAAUGUGAAGAAUGUGGGAAAGCCUACAUCUCACUCUCAAGCCUUAUAAAUCAUAAAAGUGUACACCCUGGGGAGAAGCCCUUUAAGUGUGUUGAGUGUGAGAAAGCCUUCAUCACAUACCGAGCCCUUAUAAACCACAAAAAAGUUCAUCUUGGGGAGAAGCCCUACAAAUGUGAUGUGUGUGAGAAAUCUUUUAAUUACACCUCACUCCUUUCUCAACACAAAAGAGUCCACACUAGAGAGAAACCCUAUGAAUGUGACAGGUGUGAGAAGGUCUUCAGAAACAACUCAAGCCUUAAAGUUCAUAAAAGAAUCCAUACUGGGGAGAAGCCCUAUGAAUGUGAUGUGUGUGGAAAAGCCUACAUCUCACACUCAAGCCUUAUUAAUCAUAAAAGUACUCACCCUGGCAAGACACCCUAUACAUGUAAUGAAUGUGGAAAAGCUUUUUUCUCAAGCAGAACUCUUAUAAGCCAUAAAAGAGUCCAUCUUGGGGAGAAACCUUUCAAGUGUGUCGAAUGUGGGAAAUCUUUCAGUUACAGCUCUCUCCUUUCACAACACAAGAGGAUCCACACAGGGGAGAAACCCUAUGUAUGUGAUAGGUGUGGAAAGGCAUUCAGGAACAGCUCAGGCCUCACAGUGCAUAACAGGAUCCACACAGGUGAGAAACCCUAUGAAUGCGAUUUGUGUGGGAAGGCGUACAUCUCACAUUCAAGUCUUAUCAACCAUAAAAGUGUCCACCGUGGGAAGCAGUCCUAUAAUUGUGAGUGUGGGAAAUCCUUCAAUUAUAGGUCAGUCCUUGACCAACAUAAAAGGAUCCACACUGGAAAGAAGCCAUACCGAUGUAAUGAGUGUGGUAAGGCUUUUAAUAUCAGAUCAAAUCUCACCAAGCAUAAAAGAACACAUACUGGAGAGGAAUCUCUAAAUGUGACAAAUGUGGGAAGUCAUAGUGGCACAUCCCAGAGGAGAACCUAUGAGGAGGGAGGGAAUGCUCUGGAUAGGACCAGGAUGAGGAUGCCUCUGUAGCAGGUGAAGUUUACUGAGUCUCAAGGAUUGCAAGUGGAAGAAAAACCUUAUGAAUGUAAGAGUGUCUGAGGUCCUUGUUCAUGGGUUAUACUUUGCAUAGUACAAAUCACUGUAGAGGAUCGUGAGUAAUCUUUUCUAUGUGAUUUUCAGUCACAGCAAGGAAGGCUCCAGUGUCAGGGUAAUUUCGCCCUUAUAGAAUAUAAAAUACUCCAUACUGGGGAUAAAACCUAUUAAAGUGAUGGAAUAUGAAAAAAAUCUUCAAAAUAAGCAGACAUUUCUAUACAUAAAAGAAAACACAAAUUGAGGAAAGGACUUCAAUUAGAAACCACAUAGUCACGAUCAGAAAGUUCAUACUUGGAUGAAUUCUGUGAAUAAAAAUGUAGGAAAUUCAGGUUUACCUUUGAAUUCCAAUGACCAAUAUUGGUCAGUGGGGAAAAAAAAACUAAGAAGAGCCUUCAACAGACAAAUUCAGGGAAAGGUAGGCUUCAGGGAAUAUAAAUUUAUUUAAUAAUAGUGAUCUUGAUGUAAUCGAAUGGCUUGAGGGGGGCAAUGAUGAUGAUUUUUGAAACAAAAUUUGGAUUUCCUAGUAGGAAAGUAGAAAGCAUAGACUGUUACAAAUGUAACAGAGAUAGGAGAGUCACUCGUAGAAAAGACAAACUGAUUGGAAUGUACUAUUGUGAUAUACUAGUUGAAUGGAUGGAACUUUUUUUUUUUAAAGUUUCAAAUCAGCCCCCCAGUGAAUGAUGAAUGUGUGAUGAGCGGGAACCUGAAAGGUGGUAUUCACACAUUUAUGCUACAAUAAAAGGUUCUGCCUUGGAGAGAAUCUUGACACAUUCAAUAACCAAUGGGACACAUCUUCAGCAUGAACUUGCACCUUAUAUGACAAUUGAUUCAGGGAUUCCUAGGAUAGGAAUGUUGGGAAGGAGGGCAUUUUAUUGUAGGAGCUAAAAAGCUAAGUAGCUACCAGUAAUUCAAGAGACGAGGAAAUUCAUGUUUCUUAAUGAUCUUGUUAAAUGUUUGUUUUGGACAGUGUUAUUGUAAAGAUUUCUUGCAGUAUAUAUGUAAAUUGUCUGUUGUAAAAUGUUAUGGAUGCUUUGUUCAGGGCUCACUCUCUUUGCCAUGAAGGCCAGAUAGUUGUGGUGAAGUAAGGUGGAAUUCCAAUAAAGAAAUUCCUUAAAU